CCGCUGGCACUGCCGGCUCCGCUGCCCACUGCGGCGGGCUCCGUACAAGGUGUCCACCCUGGCCCUUCUGGGCGGGAUGGGUUUUGCAUUCACAUACUGCACGGUGCUUGGCACAGAUUAAAGCGAGUGGUGGGUAAAUGGCAGAGGGUUAUUUUGAGAAGAGAGUGACAGCGCCUGACCCGUUGGCGCUAACGGAGUGCUGGCUUUUAUCAUCGUGGGGAUGCCACAGGCAGGAUGUUGGGCUCUGGUCUCAGGGCACUGGAGGGGCAGGAGAGGGGACAGAACUGUGAACCCACAAUUACAGCCCUGGGUAGGGUGCUAUGGCGUCCAGUUUAAAAUAAUUAAGUAGUGCUGGGAGGUAGAAGGUUGAAAGAAGGCUCGAGUCUGGCACAUUCUAGGAACGCUGUGAGUCUUUAUUAAAGAAAUAUAAGAGCAGGUAGUUUCUGGGUGGUUCUUCCUUUCCCCUCUCCUGGUUUUGUUCUGGCAGACAAUUCAUGAGCCACUCUCCUGCAUUCAGGAGAAAGGCCGGGUAGGGCUCAUCUAGACAUUCUUCCCUUUUUCACUCACCUGGGCCAUCCCUGCUGAGAAACUGGAGUUUUAGGAUCAACAUGGGCAUCCCUAGGGAGAAAAAUCAUUGGUACGAGUGUUUUUAUUCUGGGCUUGACUCUUGACUUUGGACACACAGACUUGUGUGUGUUUCGGGGGAGAGGAGCAGUGGAUUUCAUCGAUUUCUUGGAAGUCUGGGAACCCCAAAUAGUUAAGAACGCUGGCUUAGCAGUGGACGGUCCCUGAAAGGGGUUGAACUUGGCCUGGUUGUCCCCUGAUGUGCCAAGUCACCACACACUGGGUUUUUGCUACUAACAACGUAUGCUUGCACAUUGCUGUAGUGCUCUGUUUUGUUUUUAAGCAUGAUCCUGUGCCCUCUGUUGGCCUGUCUGUGGUUCAGGGCUUCCUAUGUGGUGGCUGUGCAGUCACUGUAAUUACUUUAACUGACGUCAGUGGUGUGUGGAAGGAGAACAGCUUGGAAGGCAGGCACAGAUUAGACAGCUUUUGUUCUGAGUUGGCCAUAAAUUCAUGCCCUUACUCAAUUUGGGUCUGAGUUCCUUGUGGAAGCUAGUCAGUGUCAAGUUCUAAGCCAUGCCGCGGUCUUUUUUUGGAGUAGCAUGAACUCAGGAGAAAUCUGGCUGCCUUGUCAUGCCCACACUCUUCCAUCCUGCCUGCACACAAAGCAUUCCAAGUAACAGGAGAUGUUCCAGGCAGGGCCAGGCUGAGCUCUGCCUUCUUUGGAGAGUGAUCCAGUGACCCUGAACAGCGCUUGGCCUCCUCUCCACCAACCCCCUGCAGCCUCCAGUCAACAUCCCCCUCCUUGCAUCCGGCUUCUACAGCUAGAGCCCCAGCCCUCCCUCUCGCCUGGAAGCCUUGCCCCCGCCCCCUCACGCAGGGCCCCAGUGGUAACUCUGGGCUCUUCCCUUGUCACCGCUCCCUCCGCCCUGACGCACACACUCGCCUGGAAGGUUCCUCCUAUUUCUUCUCCACCCACUCUGGGUCUGAACUGGCUGGCGGAGGAGAUGGACCAUCCAACACCCAAGGUCCUCCUAGCCAGGCCCCGCGGCCCCUCCCUACAAAUGUGGGCUUUGGAGGCCGGCAGUGGGAGGUUCUCAGUGCCACCCUCCAUCAGCAGGAACUCGGUCAUGGUGAACGAACCCAGAGGGGAUGGUGGCCCCACGCCCCGCUUGGAGGGCAGCAGCAGUGGCAGCGAGAGCUCCAAGGACAGUUCGAGGUGUUCCACACCGGGGCUGGACCCCGAGUGCCACGACAGACUCAGGGAGAAGAUGAGGCGAAGGAUGGAAUCUGGUGACAAGUGGUUCUCCCUAGAAUUCUUUCCUCCUCGGACGGCUCAGGGAGCUGCCAAUCUUAUCUCGAGGUUUGAUCGGAUGGGGGCAGGUGGCCCCCUCUUCAUAGAUGUGACCUGGCACCCGGCAGGGGAUCCUGGCUCAGACAAGGAGACCUCCUCCAUGGUGAUCGCCAGCACCGCUGUGAACUACUGUGGCCUGGAGACCAUCCUGCACAUGACCUGCUGCUGUCAGAGCCGGGAACAGAUCACAGGCUAUCUGCACAAGGCCAAGCGGCUGGGCCUGAAGAACAUCUUGGCCUUGAGGGGAGACCCCGUAGGUGACCAGUGGGAAGAGGAGGACGGAGGCUUCAGCUAUGCGGCAGACUUGGUGAGGCACAUCCGAAGCGAGUUUGGUGACUACUUUGACGUCUGCGUGGCAGGUUACCCCAAAGGCCACCCCGACGCAGGGAGCUUUGAGGCCGACCUGAAGUACUUGAAGGAGAAGGUAUCCGCAGGAGCCGACUUCAUCAUCACCCAGCUUUUCUUUGAGGCUGACACAUUCUUCCACUUUGUUAAGGCUUGCAGCGAGAUAGGCAUUACCUGCCCCAUCCUCCCCGGGAUCUUUCCUAUUCAGGGCUACCACUCCCUUCGGCAGCUUGUGAAACUGUCCAAGCUAGAGGUGCCGCAGCAGAUCAAGGAUGUGAUCGAGCCCAUCAAAGACAAUGACGCGGCCAUCCGCAACUACGGCAUCGAGCAGGCUGUGAGCCUGUGCCAGGAGCUUCUGGCCAGUGGCUUGGUGCCAGGCCUCCACUUUUACACCCUCAACCGCGAGAUGGCCACCACGGAGGUGCUGAAGCGCCUGGGCAUGUGGACCGAGGACCCCAGGCGUCCACUGCCCUGGGCUGUCAGUGCCCACCCCAAGCGCCGGGAAGAGGACGUACGUCCCAUCUUCUGGGCCUCCAGGCCGAAGAGUUACAUCUACCGCACCCAGGAGUGGGAUGAGUUCCCCAACGGCCGCUGGGGCAAUUCCUCCUCUCCAGCCUUCGGGGAGCUGAAAGACUACUACCUCUUCUACCUGACGAGCAAGUCCCCGCGGGAGGAGCUGCUGAAGAUGUGGGGGGAGGAGCUGACCAGCGAAGAGAGCGUCUUCGAAGUCUUUGCCUGCUACCUCUCGGGAGAGCCCAACCAGAAUGGCUAUAAGGUGACUUGCCUGCCCUGGAAUGACGAGCCCUUGGCGGCCGAGACCAGCCUGAUGAAGGAGGAGCUGCUGCGCGUGAACCGGCAAGGCAUCCUCACCAUCAACUCCCAGCCCAACAUCAACGGGAAGCCAUCCUCCGACCCUGUGGUGGGCUGGGGCCCCAGCGGGGGCUAUGUCUUCCAGAAGGCCUACUUGGAGUUUUUCACUUCCCGUGAGACCGUGGGGGCGCUUCUGCAGGUGCUAAAGAAAUACGAGCUCCGGGUUAAUUACCACAUCGUGGACGUGAAGGGUGAAAACAUCACCAAUGCCCCCGAGCUGCAGCCCAACGCGGUCACUUGGGGCAUCUUCCCCGGACGAGAAAUUAUCCAGCCAACAGUGGUGGAUCCCAUCAGCUUCAUGUUCUGGAAGGACGAGGCCUUUGCCCUGUGGAUCGAGCAGUGGGGCAAGCUGUACGAGGAGGAGUCCCCGUCCCGCAUGAUCAUCCAGUACAUCCACGACAACUACUUUCUGGUCAACCUGGUGGACAAUGAGUUCCCACUGGACAACUGCCUGUGGCAAGUGGUGGAAGAUACAUUUGAGCUUCUCAACAGGCCUGGGACCGAGCAGGAGACUGAGACUCUGUGAUCCCGCACCCUGGGGUUCUCAAGGCCACCUGGGUCCUGCCUUCCUCCUCCCCGGUCCUGGUUGUCCUGGGGACCCGUCUUCUCCGUUCCUCCCGGAGCCCUGGCCUCCACCCCUCACGUGGUGACGGCAGCUAGACUGGUGUGAGGCUCGCGGGCUCUGGCUGGACUGGACUCUGCCCCACGUCGGAGCCUGGUGUUCGAGGCUCAGCCUGGUGCUCUUUGGUGAGAAGCACCCCCACCUCCAGAGGGCUGUGGCGUGGUGGAAUGGCCUCCUCCCUCAGAAGGAGAGGGGAUAGUUGUUGCUGACUGAGCCCUUGAACCACGGCAGCUCCUGGGAGCCGGCCCUGGGGCGGCCAGUGACCUCGCGCUUGGGACCCACCGGGACGGCAGAGUGAACUCGGGCAGCAGGCAGUGGCGGCGCUGCAAGGAGACGCAGCAGAGCGAGGGUGCGCGCCCUCGUCUGGGAGAUGCUGGCCGCUGGGCAUUAACCUGCCCGGCUGGCCGCGUCCCAGACCUCUGGACAGGCCUUGGCCUAACACGUGGCAGCACAGGCAUUCCUUGCCAGCCUCCACCUGCGAGCCCACUGGGCUUUCACCUUUCUACAAGGCUGCUUUUUGAAAGAGCCAUUUCUGUGUUCUGGCGGCUUGAGAGGAAGAGUGUCUCAAAGGUUAAAGGUAUCUGAACCCUCCUACUUGGUGGAGCGCUCCGCCUUCCUCCCCCCUCCCACUCCGGCCAUAGAGCCAUACCCUGCCCAUUACCGUCAACGGCAAAGACAAGGCUCCAUUGAGCAGGA